AGAGUUGACAAUAAGGACACGAUUAUAUUGAGCAAUGGAUGAGAUCAAGAACCCAUAUGGGACUUCAAUUCUUGUGCCAUCAGUUCAAGAAUUAGCCAAACACAAAAUUUCAACUGUGCCACAAAGAUACGUUCAUCCUCAGCAACAUGAAGAUUUGGCCAUCUCUGAAACUGAUCUUGCUCUUGAGAUUCCAGUUAUUGAUUUGCAGAAAUUGCUUUCUACUCAACAUGGGAAUUCUGAAUUGUCUAAGUUUCACCUUGCAUGCAAAGAUUGGGGAUUUUUUCAGCUGGUAAAUCAUGGAGUUAGCCCUUCUUUAAUAGAGAAAGUAAAGUUGGAGACUAAGGAUUUCUUCAACCUUCCAAUGUCAGAGAAGAAAAAGUUUUGGCAAACUUCUCAAUAUGUUGAAGGGUUUGGACAAGCUUUUGUUGUGAGUGAAGACCAAAAACUUGAUUGGGCUGAUAUCUAUUAUAUGUCCACUCUUCCAACUCACAUGAGAUUGCCCCACCUAUUUCCAAACCUUCCUCUUCCUUUCAGAGAGACUCUAGAACUUUACUCAGAGGAGCUGAAAAAUCUAGGCAAUGUUAUUAUUAAACAAAUGGGAAUAGCUUUGAAUAUGGAUGAAAAAGAAAUGAGGGAGUUAUUUGAAGUAGAUGGAAUACAAUCCAUGAGAAUGAAUUAUUACCCUCCAUGUCCUGAGCCAGAGAAGGUUAUUGGUCUCACACCACAUUCAGAUGGAGGAGGUUUAACCAUUCUCCUACAAGUUAGUGAAGUUGAAGGGCUACAAAUAAAGAAAGAUGGUAUAUGGGUUCCUGUCACACCCCUCCCUAAUGCCUUCAUUGUUAACAUUGGGGAUAUCUUGGAGAUUGUAACAAAUGGGAUAUAUCGAAGUAUAGAGCAUCGAGCAGUGGUGAAUUCUGAACAGGAAAGGCUUUCUAUUGCUACAUUCUACAGUCCAAGAUAUGAUACCACAUUAGGUCCUGCAUCAAGUUUGAUCACUAAAGAAACACCACCACGAUUCAAAACAAUCAAAUUAAAGGAGUACCUACAGGGAUUAUUUGCUCGUAAACUUGAUGGAAAAUCUUACAUAGAUGCUAUGAGAAUAUUAACAGAGCAUCAUCGAGAUUGAAUGGCUUUAACAAAA